CCUCCACUUCCCCCUCCGUAUCACGCGCCCCUCCUGUCAUUUUCUCCCUCCCCUUUAUUAACGCAGUCUCCCCCUCCUCCCCCCUACUACGAGCUCCUUAAUCCCUCCUUAUUCGUAUCGCAAUUCUAACCUCGAUCCCCAAUUCCAGACGAGAAGAAGCGAGGAAUAGAAUUAUAGGAGGCGGAAGUGAGAGUAAGAAGGAAUAGGGAUGGAAGAGGAUAGAGGAAGCCCGGCGUUUAUGGGUUCCUCCAGCUUUCAAGAGGCGGUGGCGGAGGACGCCGGCGAUCGACUCGCUGCCGCCGUCGAGUCCCCCGAGAAGAUAUCCGCCGCCCCGGAGCUUGACUACGAAGUGGAGGAUGACGAUGACGAUACGAGCGAGGACUUCGAAUUCGCCUUCGUAAUCAAAGAUCCGAAUUCCAGCUCGGCGAUCACCGCCGACGAGAUCUUCUCCAACGGCCAGAUUCGCCCCGUGUACCCUGUCUUCAACCGGGAUUUGCUCCUUGCCGACGGCGGCGGCUGCGGCCGCGGCGGCGGGCCUGUGGGAGAGAAGUCGGUGCGGCUGCCGUUGAGGACGCUGUUGAUCGAGGAGAGGAACGCGUCGUCGUCGUCGUCGUCCUCGGAAAUGGAAGAGCUGGAUGGAAUCCCACCGGAGACGUACUGCGUGUGGACGCCAGGGUCGGUGCCGCCGUCGCCGCCGCGGUGCAAGAAGAGCAGCUCCACCGGGUCAUCCUUCCGGUGGCGGAUCCGGGACCUCGUCGGGCGGAGCCGCAGCGACGGGAAGGAGAAGUUCGUAUUCCUUGCGGCGGAGGAGAGAAACCCUGGCCGGAGCUCCGAGAAGAAGAAGAAGGUCGAGGCGGCGGCGGAGGAGGGGGAGAAGAAGGUGGAGGAGAGAAGAGGGGCGAAGAAGGGAGGUAAGGCGACCGAGGUGGAUAUGGUCACCGCCCACCGGAUCUACUACGGGAGUAGGAGCGGCGGCGGGCAAACGGCGAAGGGCGGGCGGCGUUCGUUCCUCCCGUACAAGCCGGACCUCGUUGGUUUCUUCGCCAAUGUGAACGGGCUUAGCCGGACCCACCACCCCUACUGAUAUUUUUCUUUUCUUUUUUUUAAAUUUUUAGGAGGUAUCAUCUUAUUGUUUUUUUCUUUUCUUUUUUUUGUUAGAAACUUCGUAUAUAGUCAAAAAGAUGAACCGAAUAGCCUGUCGGUGAUAGCCUUUUUACCUGUAAAUUUGUGUGGUUUGAGUGGUGGGAGAGAGUUUGUUCGUAUCCAGCUAUUUUUAUAAGCCGAUGAGUUUGUCUAUUUUAAUUAGCAGAUCAGUGUGAAUGUGUGCUAUGGAAAAGUUUGUGACCUUUCGGUUCUGCUUCUAUGGAACUUCCGUUCAUACUUGUUCAUUUUUGUUAGCAGAUGAGUUUUUUUUUCAA